AGAUCGCUUAUCUAUUGUUAAUUAAAAUCGUUAGACCAUUUUUAUCGACGUUAGCGUUAUAAAAAAAGAUGGCUAACCGAGCUGUUGGUCAGCGACCGAGGAAAUCAGCCCGUAUCAAAACAGCUGCUUCGCCAAAACUCGCUCUCAAAAACUCUUAAAUUAGUCGGUAUUCUGCCUUCUGUACACUACAGUUUUCAGCGAUUAGCUUCGCCGAAGACUAGCCCAUGUGAACUACAAUCCCAAUGCUGUGUUUUAAUGUCAGUCAUCACUUGCAAUACGGCUUUCGAAACAAAUGGUCCUUAUCGUUCAUCAGCGAGAAAGGCUCAAAAUAAACAAUAUACUGUAACUUACACAGAAAAAAAGUUACUGUAUACUUUUGCACAGAUCCAUACGGCUAUGGGUGCCUCUAGACAAAUAUUGGACAAAAUGAGUUUAUUCCUUAUUUAACGGAUGUGAAACGCUAGUUUAGUGAGCGGUGGUUCGCGCUAAAUAGCGUUUCAAUCGGUGACGUCACUUGCUCUGAGACCUUGAAGUAGUGGUUCCCCUUGCUCUGCAGGGGCCGCGGCUUUUGUGGAGCGAUGGGUAACGAUGCUUCGAGGGUGACUGUUGUUGAUGUGUGCAUCUAAAUGUGAAUUGAUUCUCAUUUGCGGUACUGUUUUAGAGAAACAAAUUCCUCUACUUUCAUCACAAUUUCACAAAUGUAAAAUAAACACUUACUACACAGUUUUUAACGCCAGUUGCAGUAAAGUAUAUUUCAGUGACUACACCUGGCGUCUGUCAUCUGUUUACACAGGUGUUUGGAGAUGCAGAUUGCAAGAGCGAUGGCCCACUCUUGUCUGUUUUCUUUAAACACGCACUGUGACAUGGAACAAUGGCAGUGUGGGAACACUAACGUUAUUAAUAAGCAUUGUAAAGACUCCACUCAACAAUGUCUUGGCACAACGAAGGAGCAAGAGUUACAGGCGAUCCAUGCGAAGCUGCGUUGAAGCAACUAAUCUGGGAUACACAUCAGGCCAUCUGACAGCUCUAAGAAUACCAAGAAGUAGAAGAACUCCCAAAUCACGUGAUAUCACAAAACAGGUUGACCCAGACCAAGUGGCACUCCUGGUGACAAAGGAAUGGGAGCUGUCGUACGUCACACCUUUGUACCAGUUCAGACACACUCAGUUGAAAUCCUAUUCAAAGCAUCUAUCAGCUUUCAUUGUAUCAGAGAAGCAACAGGGCCUGGCGAUUGAAGUUGGCCAGGAAUUGGGCUUCAAGGUCAAUUUCUCUGUGGUCCUUGGGUUGGCAGAGACGGAUGAAGAUGCUGAGACGGUUUUCAUACAGAUUCUCUCCAGACAAGCGUUUGCUGCAAAAGAUGAUGCUCAGAAGGUUGUGUGGAGUGGCUGGCUGACCUGCGUCAAUGGUGACUUACAGUAUCUCCGAUCACUACCAUCAGAAUUUGUCAGUUUGCCUUUGCUCUGUACCAGGGGACCAGAGUCUCUCACAGUUUUGGUCAAAUCCUGGUUUGAAAAGACAUUUGACUGUUGCUUUGGCCCUCUUGGUAUCAACUCUGCCAACCUCCAGUGGCUCGCAGCCCUGUGGAUUGGGUGCCACCCCACCAUCAACAUCCAAUACCUGAAACUGGUUUGGACCCUUCCAACACUACCCCCUAUGGAUGUUAAGUACACCAUCCACCCACAAGAUGCCUGGGAGCUUUGGGACAGUGUGCGGCAGGAUGACACAACAGAUGUCAGCAUCGAGGAGGUCACCAGGUUCAUCAAAGGGCUGCAGUCACACUUCUUCAGGCACUUCAGGAUAGAAUUGUCCGCUGGGUCACUGAUGCAGGUCUCCACGGCUUUGGGUUCUUCUCACCAUAGUGGAAAAAUCAAGAUUGCAAGCCCUACCUACGUCACCACCAUCCUGCAGCUGCUGACAGAAUGUGCCCUCCUGAAGAUGCCCAUCUAAUCAACAUUUGCACGUAAACCCCACAAUUACUGUCCAUAUGAAAUUAAACUGUUUGACACUUAUAUUCCUGUAAAUAGCAUAAGUACCUGUAUUGUAUGAAAAGGCAAGUGCAUACAUUACAAAAUAACAAUUCCUGCUGCAUUUGUUCUCUAUAGAUAUGAUUCAUUACAAGCUAAAAGUGUAGACAUAAUUGUGCUACCGGGGGUGAUUUGUGGCCAAUAUACCACAUACACAUGAGGUACCUUAUUGCUAUUAUAAACUGAGUACCAAUGUAAUUAGACCAGUAAAAAUAAAUGUUUUGUCAUACCUGUGGUAUAGUCUGAUAUACCAUGGCUUUCAGCAUUCAUGGCACAAACCACCCAGUUUAUAAUUUAUUAUAUAAUCAGGUUUGAGACAUGGUAAAUCCAUUGCCAUCAAGUAACUUGGGCAGAAGUUCUCUAUAUAUAUAUAUAUAUAUACACACAAUCCUUUCAGUCCAGAUAUACAGUACAGUGAAUCAAGUGGCUAAGUGAAAACUAAUAAAGCCUAGUUUCCCAGAGAACUAGCCUUGUAAUCCCUGUGCAGUGAUUUCCUAAAUGGUUAAGAACAUAACCUGUAAAUACUUCUCAAAUACAGAUUGUUUUUUUGAGCUUAUUAAAGUUGGAAAUAAAAAAGGUUUUUAUUAACAGAAUGGGUUAUUUUGUCAGUACACAGACAAAUCCAAAACAGUUAAUAAGGGUAAAAUGCCACGUGUUUUAUCAAGGCUUAUAACUCAUAAAGAGUAAUCUCAGUCCUUCAGCAGAAAUUAAGCAUCCCUCAUCUUUCUUCCUAAACAUUUGCCCUCAAAACACUUCCAUACUUCUGUGUGAAAGAGGGACAUUCAUUUCAGAAGGUAGCAAUGUCUCUACCACUGAAUGACCGGAAAAGGCUAAUAAUUACUUGUGAACAGAUGACACAUUUGGGUGAUAUACAUACGCAUAGGGAUAGAGUUUCAGCAGAACACAUGAUGAAAUAUGUUUAUGAUCAAUGGUAACAUGGGAUUUAUAGACAUUAAAUGCUUUGAGUAUCACGGUAAAGCUGGUGUGUUUUAGUGCCUUAACCCCUUUUAAAACAGGCUUUGGGUUUUUGCAUUGGAUUCCUCUAUUUCUUCUGUGAUUAACAGCAGCUGAGCUGGAACUGUUUGUGAGACAAGGAAGACAGUUCUCACAAAAAUGUCUAAAGUCUGAACGGUUUGACUACAAACUUAUGACUCCACUAUGAAACUCUUGAGAUGCCUACAAACAUGCACUGUUUUGCUCACAAGCCAAAAGAGUCGUUAGAAGGUAAAGGCUCUUCUACAUUGAUUGGACAUCCCAGGACAUAGUGUCUAUAAUACUGUGAUAAGCUCACUUGCUGCCACAAAUUCCACACAGCUGUCACUGAAUAGUUGGAUAUUUAUUUCCAACUGAGAAAACAAUUUCUAUACUUACAGCAAUUUUAUAAAUUAAUUUUCUAUAAGGUUUUUGC